UAUCUGUCCGCCGCAGGGGCUGAUGGGAGGUCUGAGGACCCGUUAGAAACCACGCGGCCCUCGUCUGAUCUCACAGCUCGUCCUUGUUUGGCCUCAGCUGCAUCAGAGCGCCACUUCUCCCCAGGUUCACCAGAGGAAACACCACUGCACACAAUGCUUUUCCUCCCAGCUGCUGCUCUGUGCUGUCUGUGUUCAGCGCUGGUUGCCACGGCAGCAGACCUGAUUCAGAAGGAUUUAACAUGGACCAGGAGAGUCGGUCAAACUGUUUCCUUCAGCUGUAAGAGAACUGACCAGUGUGACACUGAUUAUGUAUACUGGUACCAGAAGAAAGCUAAAGAAACAUUGAGUAGGAUUUUCUCGAUUGGUAGGAGUAGUUGUAACGUAGGCUCACGUUACAGUCAUCCUCAGGAAGAUGAUUUCUCAGCUUUGAGAAAACAGAAUGGCUGUGAGUUGCAGAUCCAGAAAGUUAAACUCUCUCAUUCAGCCACCUACUACUGCUCCUGUGAGAAGUUUGAUCUCCACAGAUACUACUACUUCAUCUUUGGCUCUGGAACUAAACUGUAUGUAACAGAUGAGCCGGUAGUGAAGCCCGCGGUGAGCGUGUACCCAGCAGAAUCCAGAAAAGGACAGGAGGAGAAGAGCUCCCUAAUGUGUGUGGCUGCGGACAUGUUUCCUCCUCCGGUCCGGUUCUCCUGGAAAAGAAUAAAGGAUAAUGGUCUUCAGGAGGAGCUUGCACCUGGUGAGGAGGAGCAGCGGGAGUUCAGACAGUUGGGAUGCAUUGCCGCCAUCAGAGUGAUUGAUGAGGACGCUCGCAACGCAUAUAAUUACCGCUGCUACGUCCAGCACGAGGGGGGGGAAGUGGAGGCCAAAAUAAAACAAGAGGUUUCUGCAAAGACAUCACCUCCACCAUCACGUCCACCAUCACGUCCACCAUCACGUCCACCAUCACGUCCACCAUCAUGUCCACCAUCAUGUCCACCAUCACGACCACCAUCAGUGUCCUUCCAGUCUCAGUGCAGGGUGAAGCUGCUCUGGCUGAUGUACACAGUGCUGAUAGUGAAGAGUCUGGUGUACUGCUGUGGACUCCCUCUGCUGUGAAUCCUCAGAAACAAGGGACCGUCCACCUGCUGCACACAUGCUGACUGACUGUUUUCUGCUCGCCAUCUUACUCACUGAUCACUUUGAUCAGCAGUUAGAAAUGUUAGUUAUGAAGUGUUGUGUUGUUUAAAUAUAUCUUUUACGCACGGGUUACAUACAGUCAUCCUAAAAACAUAAACACAUGUGUACACCUCACACAUCAAGUUGUUAAUUUGUGAUAAUAACUGAAUCUUUAUCAUGUGAGCCAUUGAACUCAAUUAGCCAGCGGCCACCUCUGAGAACAGGGUCAGAUUAACACAUUAACAUAAAUAUACUUUUGAUUUGUCCUUAAACAACCACACAUAUACAGGACAAAGUCACACACACACACACACACACACACUGUCCUUAUGACACAUGCUCAUCUCUUCAUCUAGUGUUUGUUUAGUGCAUUUAAGUUAGUAAUAGCAAUUAUUUGACAUGUCUCUUUCUCUCAAAAUGUCUAGCAGAAACUAAAGGUGAACAUAAAUGUUCUUAGUCUGGAUUUAAAACUAGUCACAUGCAGCAAGUGUCUAAUCUUCUGAAGGUUAGUGCAUUUAAGUUAGUUGGA